CGAACAACCCACCUCUGAAAGCGACAAAAUCCUUGCCGUUAAUUAAAUUUUCCGAACCGCCAUCCAUCCAUGAUCCAUCAACUACUCCAGUACAUGUGCGCCACCGGUCGCGCCUCGCAAUAAAUACUCUGUCAUUUUCACUUGCAUUUAACUCCAAAAAUUAAAAAAUUAAAAAACCCACCUCUCGUUGUUGCUUCCACCACACUCUCUCUCCCACUCUCACCAAAACCUAACCCCCCAAAUCUAACCGCAGCUGUAAUUACAUAUUUAAUUGUAUUGUCUUUGUACAAAUUUGUAGUAAUUGAUCGUUGGAAUUGGUCUGGUUAGAAAUGGAGUUGGAGCAGUCCGGGCCGUUCAACCCCGCGAUGACCUUCGACGAGGUCUCCAUGGAGCGUAGCAAGAGCUUCGUCAAGGCCUUACAGGAACUCAAGAACUUAAGGCCUCAGCUUUAUUCUGCUGCAGAAUAUUGUGAAAAGUCUUAUCUUCAUAGUGAGCAGAAGCAAAUGGUACUGGAUAACCUGAAAGAUUAUGCUGUGCGGGCCCUUGUUAAUGCUGUCGAUCACCUCGGCACUGUGGCUUACAAAUUAACUGACCUUCUUGACCAGCAAACCUUAGAUGUCUCAACCAUGGAUCUGAAAGUUACUUGCCUAAAUCAGAAACUUCUUACUUGCAAAACAUACAUGGAUAAAGAAGGGUCGAGGCAACAGCAGCUGUUGUCAUUUAUUCCGAGACACCACAAGCACUACGUUUUACCAAAUUCUGUCAAUAAGAAGGUACAUUUUAGUCCACAUGUACAGACUGAUACUAGACAGCAUCCUUAUCAAGCAAGAGCGCAUGUUCAAUCUUCAAGUGCUGCUGCAUCAAAAACUCUUUCCUGGCAUUUAGCUUCAGAAACGAAGUCAACCUUGAAGGGGACUCCACAGGCUAUGACUAGCACUGGAGACACAAAAAUUUCUGCUAACACUUCUGGAGUUUUCCAUCUUUUAGAAAAUGAAGGGAGUAAUCCUACAAAAUCCUCGGCAACUCACCUUCAGCUAACAAGUGGAGUUCCUGCUUGUGGUGGGGCCAUGCAAACAUUGGGUGCUGGACACAGGGAAGCAGUGGAUGGUCAGAGACCAAUGACGACAUUCAGGUCAUUUGAUAACCCAAACCGGCGUGAGAUUGUGCGUGUCCCUGUUCGCAGCAAAAGUGUGCUAUCAGCUUUCUUUGCCAAACAGAAAACCAUGAAGCUGAAGACUGGGUCUGUCUCGUGAGACCUCAUUAAAACAAGUUAAAGAUGCCACUACCUGAACAUCUCACGUCAUGUGGGUCAAUUUGCCUGUAAAUCCUUCCUUUGCAUUUUGAUUUCGAGCUUUUCCUUCGGCCAUUAGUUUAUCAAUUGCUUGAAAUCAAAAUUCUUUUCCCACUCGAAGCCUCUCACUUUGGCUGCUUAAUAAUGAGCAAAUUGUGUCGUAAGUCCUGUAAUGAAGUAGUCUGGGAAUGUCUAUUUGUAGAAUGUUGCACCUGAUGAAUGAUCAUUGGUUACAUUAGUUUCUAGUACAUUACCGAAUUUCCAUGUUGAUCCGUCUUCAACCAGCCGUUACCAGUUUUAGGGCACACCUAUGUGUAAAUAUGUGUUGCAGUAUUGUUCACUUCUCUCAUUCGAAUUGUUUAAAGAUGUGUAAAUGAUUAUGUGUUUCUUUUACUUACUCCCC